UGACGCUGGCAACCCGGCAUGCAGCGGGUCUAGUUUCCUGUAAUAGUCAGUAGUAGAAGCAAGAUGUCGAACGAGCAGAAAGUUUUCAGAUUGACGGAAAUAGCAGAGCGUAAAGAUGCAAAAUCGGCCUGGAUAAUCAUACAUAACAACGUGUACGAUGUCACAAAAUUUCUUGACGAGCAUCCUGGUGGUGAAGAAGUGUUGCUGGAGCAAGCUGGAAAGGAUGGCACUGAAGCUUUUGAAGAUGUGGGCCAUUCAGCAGAUGCUCGUGAACUUAUGAAAGAUUAUUUAAUAGGACAAGUUCAUCAGGACGAUCGCUCUGAUAAAUCAUACAAGCAAAAUACAGGACCAACAGGCAGGGAGCAGAAGUCAAGUGGUGGCUGGACAGGCUGGCUGAUACCUCUUGGGAUUGCAUUUGCAGCAGCCCUUGCUUACCGCUUUCUUAUUGCUUCAUCUAGCAAUUAACCUUUUUAUGUUUUUGUAAUUUUGAGAAUCCUGGAGAUGGUGCUUUCAUCAAACCUUCUUCAGCUGUUGUACAUGUGUGGGAACACUAAUAGUAGACUCAUUCCAUGCCCUUUCUUUUUAAUGGUGAUUCUUAGUCAGCACUGUGGUGUUGAAGGUCUUGCUUUACAAAGAUUCUAUUCUUCUGAAUUCCUCAUAGUGUUCAAUACAGUUCCUUAGUGAUCUUAGUGAAAUUAAUGCAGAUACCCAGAGGUUUGUGAAUGUGUUAGAUUUUUCAUGGAUCACUAUGAAUAACUGGUACAGUGUGAUUUUAUCAAAAAUUUACUAUUAUAAAGUCUCCUGCCUCCCAUGUAUAUAUAUAUAUGCAUCCUGGCAUUAUUUUUUUUUUUUGAGAUGGGCAGAAACUAGUUUUAUUCUUGGGGAAUUUAUUUUUUUUUUUUGGGGGGGGGGGGGUACAGAUGCUAUAUUUUUAAUGUAGCAGUGACUGUACACAAGUGUGAACCUUUGCUGCUGGUAUGAGUCGUGCCCUCUGUGGAUAAAAUCUGUUGGUUCCCAAUAUCACGUGGUAACUUGAAUGAUUUACCCACUUGGUCUAGAUCAUGUGGAAUUUUAAAAAUCUGAUUCUUCUACAUGUGAUCUUCUGCAGGCUUUGGCAUUUAGUUGCCUGUGACAUUUAAUCCAAGUUAAAAUAAUUUGUGCAAUUUUACAUGAGCUCAUUUAAUGAUGUUUGAUCUUUUCAUUUAAAAUACUUUGAUAAUCAUAAGCUAAAAAUAUUUGUUUUUUAUCAACAAUUGUGUGCAUGAAUCUUGAGCAUGUUUGAUCGAGUUCAAAUUGUGUGAUCAGUAUGAACUUGCCAGUGAAAAGUAAAGGUAAAUAAUGAACUGUUCUUGAAUAUUGUAAUGAAUUAAAGAUUGUUAGUCUAUACGGAUGAA